ACUUGUUUCAAGGACAUAACAUACUGUUUGUGACAUUUGAUGAUAUGGUGUAUGGAUUGAGAUAUAAUAGUGAGGGUCAGCUCGGGUUAGGACACGACACACCCAUUCAUCCACCACAACCAUUUAUAAGUGGACAAGACUUUGUAUUGGCUCUCAAUACGGAUAAUAAUGUGAUAUUCAGUUUUGGUCUCAAUGAUGAGGGACAAUUGGGACGAAACUAACGAUAAGUUGAAUAAUUCAAUAUCAUUUGAAAAGUCAUUUGAUGUAAUAAAUAAGCUUGGUGAGGGUGGCUAUGGACUGGUGUAUAAAGUUCAAGAUAAAUGUAAUUAUGGAUUAUAUGCAAUAAAAAAAUGUCUAUUAAAUGGAUUAACAGAAAAAGGAAAACAAAAUGUUUUGAAUGAAACGCAAAGUCUUUUGAAACUUCGGU